AUGACUUUGAUGAUUCCAAGUUCUUCAAAAUUCUGGCAUGAUGUCCUAAUAUUGUUGAUAUUUGGCUCCAGCGCAGGGGCAGCUAGCACAUACAACUUGGAUACCAACUUGGCAGGGUCAUCGUUCUUUGACAAUUUCAAUUUCUUCACAGGACCUGAUCCAACAAACGGAUUCGUCAACUAUGUUAGUGCCGUGGAAGCUGCUAACUUGGGCCUCGCGGGCCCCGGCCCAAACGGUGCCAUGUACAUAGGCGUUGACUACUCAACAACUCUCAGCACUUCAGCGCCUGGACGAAAUAGUGUGAGGAUCAGCUCAAAACAGUCAUGGACACAUGGAUUAUUCAUUGCGGACAUUGCGCACAUGCCCGGAGGAAUUUGUGGCACUUGGCCUGCAUUCUGGUCAUUUGGCCCGAACUGGCCUCAGUCUGGAGAGAUCGAUAUUAUCGAGGGAGUUAAUAGCAAUGAUGAUAAUCUCAUGUCUCUUCACACCUCUCCUGAUUGUACAAUCGCCGGCAGCGGACAAACUGGGACACUGCAAUCCAACAAUUGCGACGGCAACUUGAACGACAAUACCGGAUGCAGCAGCACAGCCUCCACGGAUUCCUCUUACGGUGGCCCAUUCAACGCCAUCUCUGGAGGCGUAUAUGCCACCGAAUGGACAUCUCAGUAUAUCAAGAUAUGGUUCUUCCCACGAUCAAGCAUCCCUCAGGAUAUAACAAAUGGCGUCCCUGAUCCUCAGACUUGGGGAACUCCCCAAGCAAACUUUCGAGGCAGCUGCGAUAUCGACACCCAUUUUGCGAAUCAUAACCUCGUUUUUGAUACUACUUUUUGUGGAGACUGGGCUGCCAAUGUUUGGACUUCGGAUCCUGUUUGUAGUAGUUUGGCGCCGACGUGUGUCGGCUAUGUUGCUUCCAAUCCAUCUGCGUUUAUCGAUGCGUAA